GUUUCAGUUCUUUAUAACUUAAAAAGUCAGAUGCCGCUCUAUACUUAUUCUGACAUUCCCUUUUGCUUAACAUUCUUUUACUUACCCUAACACGCUGCAUAACCCUAAAAAAACACGUUCUCAAUCACUAUCUCCAUCAGUUACGCUUGGCACUUCACCAGUGAUUAGUGAAAGUAAUUAAAUAGCACCAGGUGUGUCUCCAUCAUCACCUUUUACAAUUCCAGUGCUAGUAUACAUCCUCCAAUAUGUCAUCAAAAUCGAAAAAAGAUAUGGAAGAAGUAACGGAUAAAAUUUCCGACAUGUCAGUCGAGGAUCCAGGUAAAAAAUUAUCUCACAAAGAAAAGAAAAAAUUAAAAAAACAGCAGGAAUAUGAGAAAAAUUUGGAGAUGAUGACCAAAAUCGGUGGUCAGGGUCACAGUGAACUAGAUUCAAAUUUCACCGUAUCUCAAAGUGAAACACAAAACCGUGGCGCGCAAUUAUAAGAGCAUGCUGUUGACAUAAAAGUCGAAAACUUCAGUAUUGCUGCUAAAGGAAAACAAUUGUUCACUGAUGCUACUCUAUUGAUAGCUCAGGGUAGACGUUAUGGUCUCGUCGGUCCUAAUGGACAUGGAAAGACAACACUACUACGUCAUAUAGCAAAUAGAGCAUUCAAUAUACCACCAAAUAUCGAUGUACUCUAUUGUGAACAAGAAGUUGUCGCUGAUGACACACCAGCUGUUCAAGUUGUACUUAAUGCUGAUAUUAAAUGCAAAGAAUUACAAAAUGAAUGUCAGAAAUUAGAGCUACAAGCUGAAUCUAAUAGCGACGAAGCCAUCCAAGCACGAUUACAAGAGUAUUGCCGUUCGUUGGUUUUGGAUCUGCUGGAGUAACGGCUGGCUCAGUUGCAGCAGGAUGGCAAACACCAACCAUAGCCGCUGGAUCAUUAUUUGCAAAAUUACAAUCUUUGGGUGCAACUGGUGCAGGAGAUUUGCUUUUCGGGGUUUCUGGUAGUAUUAUUAAUGGAUUUGGCGCACGCUACUUUACUGCAACUGAUUGGUGUUCUUGUCCUGAAAAUAACAAUUAACCACUACUAUUUACUAAUUUACUAAACUAACUCAUCUACUACACUAUGCACACUUUUGAGUUAUUUUAUUAUUUAACAGUACUAUUUGCAGUGUGUUUGUCAAUUAUAUUCAAAUCAUGAGCAACAAUAUCAAAAUUAUCAAAAUCUUUGAGUUUAAUUAUGUAUGGUGUCUUUUUAAAACCUCAAUGCUACUAGAGUGCAUUAUAGAGUGAAUAGUGUUGUGUCUGUUAAAUUUAUUAUGAUCAUUAAUUGGUCUUAGGUUAAUUAAUUAUUAUUAUUAUUUUAAUUAGUUGAUGUUUUCUAUGGUCAUAAGUCAUAAAUGGUAAUAAUUAUUAAGAUUACCGAUAGGAUUUGCAUAUCCCAAAAGAACAAAUUUGUAGGCCCCUGUCUGAAAAUAUAAAUUCUGUAACAGACACUCCAAAAUGCAUUUUAUCUUAUUAUGCGUUCCUGGUUUAAAUUGCAUCACUUUUUUUUUUAUAAUUAUUUAUAAUAUAAGAAAAAUGACAAUAUUAUAUCAUUAAUUUCUUGUCAUUCGAAAAUUUUUGUCGAAAUAUUUUACUUAAGUGGGCUUAGAAAAAAUUAGUGAUACAAAUAAUCAUUUAUGUAAGAUCACUGAAUACUCAAAUAGAUUAAAAACCUCAUUAGAAUAGUAUAAUGACCAAAGAGAUAGCAAGUUUAUAUUUACAAAAUUCAGGUCAAUUGUAGGUCUCAAUGUUCGUUCGAGAAAAAAUAGAGAAAUGUUUUUUUUUUUUUCCAAUUUUCAAGGCAAUAACUUGUAUUAUUUGAUUUAUUUCGAAUCUCAAAUGAUGAAAAAAUCAAUUUAUUUAAUACACAAAAUUUUUGCAUCAAAGUAAAACUUAUUUCAUUGAUUGAUAAAAGAAAAAAUUCUUUUUAAAUCUUUACUUCAAAGAACAAAAAAAAAUUCUGGAAAACAGUUGACUCUGUCGGCUAACCCCAAACUUCCCGCUUCUCGCUUCUCGUAAACAAAUGGAAGUUAUCAAAAAAUUGAAGCGCACUUUGCUAGUUCAUAGAGUAAAGCAUCGCAACUGUGCCUUUAUUUUGUGUUUAGGCCUUUUAUUUCGGAGAAAAACUCGGACAAAAUUAUCUGAUAACCGUUCCUAAGUUAUACUUGAAUAAAUCUCAAAAAGGUUUCAAGAUAAAAGAAUUUUUAAAUUGAUUCAGAAAUAAGAUUUGAUUUACGGAUUUUCCUCUUUACCUACAUAGGGGAGACCGGGAUGCGCGGCUCCUGGCGGCCGCUACGGUAGGCUUGCCAUAAACAAAAUUUUUCAAGUUCGGCCGGGUAUAAAAGGAAUAAGGAAAAAAUUUUAUUUAAAAUUUUAUUUAUUAAUAACUAAUUCGCAAUCAAAACAUCGAUAAAACAUUUUAAUUUUUCAUUUUUUUUUUCUUAUUUACCUAUUCUUUUUAUUUAUUUAUAUUUCGUAUUAUUUUUAUAUUUAUUAGAUGACGCAACCGCUUGAAGUAGAGAUUUAUUAUUUUUUAUUUUAUCAAAAAAUGUUACACAAUCAUCAGUAUUAUUUAUUUUAAUUUUGAGUAAUUCCUCUAAUACUGAUACUUUCAACCGUCCUUUUUCUGGACCCCAGGGAUUUUUCAUUACCGAAAAUUUUCUCUCGAUGCUAACAGAGCUCCCAGAAAUGCAAACAACGAAUUCACCAACGUUUAAGAUAUUGCUUAUUGAUACAUUAGUCUUUUGAGUAAUUUUAGAAACUUUUUACCACUUCUUUUCUGUUUCUAAUGCAGUCCAUUCGUCAGCGCUUUCAGAUUUUUCAUGACUUAUUAUAUUAUUUAAUUUCAUUUUUUCAUCAAACAGUGCAUCCCGAUCACAAUUAUUUUCUUCUGCAACCGAUGCAAUUUUAGUAUAACUUUUUUCUAAAUUAUUCUAAUCAAUUUCGUGUUUUAAAUCUACAUUGAAAAAAAAAAUUAUUUGAGACAACUAAGAUUUAUUUGAGCCAAAGAUAUCGUACAUUGGGAUAUGUCCAAAUAAAUAUGUAAUUAUGAGAAAGAUAUAAUGUAUUUGAGUAGUUUAAUUGCGUGAAAUAAGUGAUUUAUUUGUGGUAAAGAAAUAAAUCAAUUGCUACAAAUAAAUAAUGGCUACAAAUAUAUGUACAGUAUCGCCAAAUUUUAGGUUAUUUGUCACAAAUUUAAUAUCUUUACCACAAAUAUACCAAUUACUUACCACGCAAACAAAUUAUAUAUUUCUGUCAAAUUAUAAAAUUAUUUUAAUCAACUGUCAUAUUUAUUUGUCAUUAAUAAAUGUUUGAAAAAAAGCCACAAACAAAUUGAUUUAUUUGGGACAAAUAUUUCUUUUUUUCAUUUUGAAAAUUUCAUUAAAACUGGUUAUAUCAGCUAAAUAAAAUUUUUUUAAUAAAUUUGAAGUCCUUGGGAUUAUAAAGUUAGGAAAAUAGUAUAUUUGUGUUUAAAAUCUUUUUUUUUUUCAAUAAAAAAAAAAAUAAAAAUUUUUUUCAAGUUUUUUUUCGGAGAGCAGUUGUGCCCCAGAAAGAAAUUUUUUUUAUUUUUUUUGAAUUUUGGUAAAAUCUUAAUAGAUUGCUUAAGAAAGGGCCAAAAUAGGUUGACCUAUAGAUUAACAGUCAUAAAAGAUAAUUGCUGGCUCAAGGAGGCCGUCGUGCCCCGGUUUCUCCUAAGUACUUAUAAUUUUGAUUCUUUUUCUUAGCUGGCCCUUUGUUACAAUUUAUCAGACUUAAUUACUUUUUCAAUAGUCAUAAUUAAUUAUAUCUUCUACUUUCAUGUUAUACGCAUAUAAUAUCCUUCGGGAUAAUUUAUAACACACGGAAAUACACGGAAAGAAAAUUCUAACAAAAUUUACAAUGUUAACAUUGAAUCGUGGUCUAGACUUUCAUUGGCAUCAAUUUAUAAAUGUCUUAUUUCAAAAUUUACUAUAGUCUUUGUUAAAAUUACGAUGUUAAAUAGUAAAGAUUACAAUCUACAUCGUAAUUUUAACAAAGACUAUAGUAAAUUUUGAAAUAAGACAUUUAAAAAUUGACGCCAACGAAAGUCUAGUCCACGAUUACGAUGUUUACAUCAUAAAUUUUAGUAGAAUUUUCUUUCCGUGCAGCUGUUUGGAAAUCAUUAAGAUAUUUAUCUAUUUGUCUGUUUUUAACACCGCUCUUUUUACAGUAUAUUUAUGCUUCACAGAGUGAUUUUCCACUAUUAAAAAAUAUGAUUAUGUAUCACUACGAAUUGGUCCCAAUCAAGCUGAAAUAUAAUUUCUAUUAUCUGCGUACGUGGAACACUCGACGAUUUAAAACAGUUUUUUUUUUUUCUUAUAGUAUUUUUAUAAAUAAUACAAAAAACGUAUGAUUUAUCUUUCCUUCCGGCUUUUCUUUACGAAGUUCUUAGACUCAAUCAACAAUAAGACCUUUUUCGAAGUACAUCUUAUAAUAUCAUGUUAUCCUGGCUCAAAAGGUAAUCUAGGACCAUCGCACUCACAUAUAGUAAUACUGAGAAUAGUGGAACUCUGUUACAGAUAAAUCUAUAGUAAAAUCUAUACAAAAAAAAUUACCUCUUCGGUUUUCAUAUUCUCUUAUUAAAAUGCUCGAUUUUUGGCGAUUAAAGUAGCAAAGGGUUAAAUGAAAAGACUUUAAUAUUUUCAGAAGAGCAAAACAUCAAUCAAACUAUAAUACAUUCCUUAAUAUUUAUGAACAUUUAAGCCAAAAAUAAAUAUUUUCGGCCAUUUCGUAUCAAGAAAAAAUAACAGACAAGAAGGUGACAAAUAAAACUUUGAAAAAUACUGAAGUGUUGAUGCCGGCAUGGACCCUUAUAAUGAGUGUUUAUACCUGCUCAAAAAAGAAUUAUCCUAUCAUUAUUAAGUCGCUUUACCUACUCUGGUUAUUGACAAUAUUCAUCUUCCGAUAUCCAUUAAAGUUAUUAUUUUGUAAUGAUCUUUCGGAUAAAAGGAUUUAAGAAUACAAGUAUGCUCAGGCCAUUCCGGAACAAUACAGUUGUCAUUACGGAAAAAGAAGGGCAGACUGGACAACAAUUUAUACCUAAAUGAUCAAAAUAUCCUUAAACGUUGUUACACUUGAACGUCAUCAGAACUUAUUCGACUCUCGUCUUGUGCAGUGUUCACAUCUCAGAAUUUACCAUAUAACCGCCUCAAUAAGUUUAUUUUCAAAUUUUCGUUAACAAAUUACAGUGACGAGCGCUGAAAACUUAAGACGAUUUUUGAAUCCGGCAAUUUCAUUAAUAAAUAUCGAUAUUGUUAUUUAUUAUAUAUAAAAAUUGAGUUUAAAAUUAACAAUACUGUAAAAAUUAGUAAAAUUUUAACAAUUCUAGUGCGUAGUACAAAUUAAUAUAACUGUGAUUAAAUUUGUUUAAAUUUUAGUUAAUUCACUGAAAUAAUUUCUUUGAUUUCAUAAAUUGGUAUAACCAUUUAUCAAAAACAUUGACAAUAAAAAUUAAAACGUGUUGAUAUCUACAAGUUCAGUGAAGUUUUAAACAAAUUAUAAGAAAAUUAAUGAUGUCGAAGGUUUAUAAACGAAGUGAUUUCACUGCUGCAGUUCAUGCUGGUGAUACAAAGAAAUUAAAAAAUCUUUUGAGAUCGUCAAAACUCUCUAGCAUCCCUGGGCUUUCUCCAAGUAGACUAGUGACGCUCGCUCUUCGACACAGACAACAAAAAGUAGCAAAAUUACUUUUAAAAAGAAAAUUCGAAAUAAAAAACCAAAGUAAUCGUUCAGCGAAUACACCUCUACACUACGCAGCGAAAUUGGGAGACUUAAAAUUGGUGAAACUUUUGAUAAGAAACGGCAUGGACACCAACGUCAGAGGAAAAUUCGGCAUAACUCCUUUGCAUGUCACUGCAAUUUAUGACAAAUAUCAGAUUAUGGAAUAUUUAAUCCAAAACGGUGCGAUUCUUUCUCUAGAGGGCACAGAAGGUAUUCUUAAAGGCUAUACACCCUUGCACGUUGCCACCGAAUUAAAUUUUCAUAAAUGUGUACGUCUGCUCAUCAAAUACGACAAUUCAACAGUAAAUCCAAAAAACCAAGAUGUCAUUCAUCCAAUACAUAUUGCAGUGAUGUUAAGACACUUUAAAGUAACUCAAAUACUGCUGCCACACAUCAACAACAUCAACGUUACUUUUAAAGAUGAAUUUUUCCCGCGAUUCUACGGUAAUCCUGACCACUGUGAAAGAUAUUAUGACAACUACACUUUGUUACUCUGUGCAAUAUCCUUUACAUCAUUUAAAAUUACUAAUUUAUUAGUUAACCACGGCGCAAAUGUUCAGAUAAAAACUGCACUGGGAAAAACUGCUCUGAUAUUGGCCGCGGAAACGAGUAAUCAUGAAAUAGUUAAACUAUUGUUAACUCAGAGCAAAGUAGUAGAAUCUAUCAAUGACUUUGACGACUUAGGACGCAAUGCUUUGCAUUCCAUAUUUUAUAAUUAUGAAAGCCAGAGAUGUUUGUAUUCAAAAACCGAGUUUUAUAGCGUGGCAAUGAAAUUGGAGAUCAUCAAAAUGCUAAUGGACGCGGGAAUCGAUAUGAAUGCUUCGAUGCAACUCACUUACAACAAUUUACCAAUUACUCCAUUGUCUUUGGCAGUUGAAUACGGAUUUAUGGAUAUUGUUCGCUAUUUGCUUUAUUUUACUGAUACUGAUUUAAAGCAAAUUAACCGCCUAAUGUUAGAAAGUGCCCAGAUGUUUGACAAUUUAAUUCACCCAGAUAUACUGCAGGACUUUGAAUAUGUUCAAGACUAUAAGUCGGGAUUCAAAGAAAUAGGCUACGAUUUGAUUACUGCCGUCUUAAGGAUCCACUUAAUCGGUAUGCCGGUUGAUCAAGAAAUUUUAAAUUUGGUUAUGACGGAACCAGUGCAUGAUAUGGAUAUCAACAGAAGUCAGUAUGCUGAGUUUCUUCAGAUAAUAAAAAAACCGAUUGAAGAAAUGGUUAAUAAGAUGGAGCAGGAGAAAGUUGUUCAUGAUUGUAAAAUAUCUUUGCUGCAAUUGGUGACUUGUGAUAUGAAAAGUUUAGUUAAGUUUGCACGUGUUCAAGAAGUAAGGGAUUUAUUGAUGAGAAUUGAGAGCUACGAAGAAGAAUAUUUUUAUUUUCAUCAAAUACUGAAGAGCCGCUUGGAAUACGCGGUAAAAAAAAAUAAACUAAUCGAGCAAAGCUUAGAUAUAAUUUGUAAUUUAUUUGAAAAUAAUUUAGGAUAUGAUAUUUGUGAGAUGGUUGUAAAUUUUUUAAAUGAUGAUGACAUGAAUUACCUUGUUAGUUAGUUUUAAUAUUUGUAUAAUAUUGUUGAUGAAUUUUAUGUAUAUAAUGUUAAAUAAAAAAACUUAAAAAUGA